AUGCUAUCGCCUUUCCGCGCCUUUUCCCGACAGUGUCCGCACCUAAGGGCCUGCGUUCCUCAUGUAUCUAGAUCCUUCCAUACACCUUUAGAGAAUGACCAGAGCCAGUUGUCCAAUAUCCUCCAAGAGCUCUCUGACCCAAGCAAAUUAGCAGCAAGCAACCCGAGUGCAACAUGGACGCAGCAGGGGGUACGCAGGAGGUUUGACCAUAAACUGUUCAUAAGACCUCAUUACUUCUCUCAUGACCACCGAUUCAAAGGCCCUCCGCCAUUUCCGAAACGAUCUCUCAUUGGUCCUGGCACGAAACAAGCAAAGCAACAGGACAUCUUUUACCGCCUGGGCGUCGAUCCUCUACAAGAGGCUUCCAAUGAUGUCCUCUUGAGCUCUUUCGUCACCGAAAUGGGAAAAAUAAAGCACCGCGCUGAAACUGGUCUCACUACAAAAAGCCAACGCAGGUUAGGCAAAGCCAUCCGUCGAGCGAAGAUGAUGGGCAUCAUACCCGUACUCAGUAGUGCCAGGCUUCCUUGGAAUUAA